AUGUGGUUCACUCUAAAUAUCUGCCUGUAUCUGUCAUUUAACUAUAUCUCUGCUACUUUUAUCUCAGACUCUUGUCAGCUUCAAGGACGCUUCAAGUUGAACGGGAUGUACCAGGUUGGAGACUUCAUUAUUGGAGGCCUGUUUGAGGUUCAGCACCUCAAAGUCUUCCCAGAACUUACCUUCAGAACUGAGCCAGAACUGCCACAGUGUGAGGAAUUCUAUAUGGCAAGUUUUCAGCAGGCACUGACUAUGGUUUUUGCCAUAAAUGAGAUUAACAAAAAUAACGACCUGCUGCCUAACAUCACGCUUGGUUACCAAAUCUAUGACAACUGCUUAAGACUUGGAGUGGCGUUCCGGGCUGCCAUAUCCCUAGCUAGUGGGACAGAUGAGUUCUUCUCAGACCUCAAGUGCACUGGCCCUCCUCCAGUGAUUGGGAUUGUGGGGGACCCAGGUUCAAGUCAAUCAAUAGCAAUUUCCAGUGUCCUGGGUCUGUUUCGAGUUCCUAUGGUUAGUUACUAUGCCACUUGCUCCUGUUUGAGUAACAGGAGAAAGUACCCCUCUUUCUUCAGAACAAUCCCCAGUGAUGCCUUCCAGGUGAGGGCUAUGAUUCAGAUCUUGAGACAUUUUGGAUGGACCUGGGUUGGUCUCCUCUACAGUGAUGAUGACUACGGCAUCUAUGCUGCUCAGUCCUUCCAGCAUGAAAUGCAGCUGUUUGGGGGUUGUGUGGCAUUCUCUGAGAUUUUGCCUUAUGAUAAUAACCACAGAGACAUUAAUAGAAUAGUAGGGGUUAUACAGACAUCUACAGCCAAGGUAGUUGUAGCAUUCUCAACUGAUUUGUCAUCCCUGAUGGAUGAGUUGUUGUCACAAAAUGUGACAGGCAGGCAGUGGAUUGCAAGUGAGGCUUGGACAACAACACCUGUCCUACAAACUCCACAAUAUUUGCCUCUACUGGGAGGGACACUGGGCAUUGCUAUCCGUCGUGGACAGAUUCAGGGACUUCAUGACUUUCUGAUACAUCUCCACCCUGACAAUAAUCCAAAAAAUAGCACAAUAAAAAUAUUCUGGGAGAAAAUGUUUGGGUGCAAGUUUGAGGCUGUAGAUGAACAACAAGAACAAGGUGGAACAAAAUGUUCAGGGCAAGAGGAUCUGAGCAGCACAGAAACAGCAUUCACUGAUGUAUCAGAGCUGAGGGCCUCAUAUAAUGUGUAUAAGGCAGUUUAUGCCCUGGCACAUGCGCUUCAUGACCUGAUGCAGUGUGAGGAGGGGAGAGGACCAUUCAGUGGGAACAAAUGUGCCAGCAUAACCAACCUGAAACCCUGGCAGCUGGUUCACUACCUAAAAAAAGUGAACUUCACCACAGGUUUUGGGGAUAGUGUGUCAUUUGAUGAGAAUGGAGAUGCUCUGGCCAUCUAUGAUGUGAUGAACUGGCACCCAAGGUCUGAUGGAUCGAUUGUUGUCCGCACGGUUGGUGUGGUAGAUGAAGGGGCAGCAACAGGGAAAGUGCUCACACUGGAUGAGGAUGCAUUAUACUGGAAUUUUGAGACAAAAAAGCCCCCACAGUCUGUGUGCAGUGAGAGCUGCCCCCCAGGCACCAGACUAGCUAGGAGGAAAGGCUUUCCUGUCUGCUGUUUUGACUGCCUGCCAUGUGGCGAUGGAGAGAUUUCUAAUACAACAAAUUCACCUGAAUGCUUCAUGUGUCCAGAUGAGUAUUGGCCAAGUCCAAAAAAUUACCACUGUGUUCCUAAAGAAGUUGAAUUUCUAUCCUAUGAAGAUCCGCUUGGGAUUUCUCUAACCACUGCUUCCCUCUUAGGCAGUAGUUUCUGUGCUUUUGUGAUGGUCAUAUUUGCUCAUCACCGUAACACUCCUGUAGUACGUGCUAACAACUCAGAGCUUAGCUUCCUGCUGCUGUUGUCACUCAAACUGUGUUUCCUGUGUGUGCUGCUGUUCAUUGGCCGGCCCCAGUUGUGGACAUGUCAGUUAAGACAUGCUGUGUUUGGCAUAAGCUUUGUCCUGUGCAUCUCCAGCAUCCUGGUGAAGACUAUGGUGGUAAUAGCCGUGUUCAAGUCAUCUCGGCCAGAAGGCAAAUCUGCCCCAAUCAAGUGGUUUGGUUCAACACAGCAAAGAGGAACCGUUUUAGCCCUUACUUCUACACAAGUAGCAAUAUGCACUGUCUGGUUAUCUACUGCAUCCCCGACACCCCAUAAAAACAAUCAGUAUAUACGCUCUAAAAUAGUAUAUGAAUGUACAAUAGGCUCAGUGGCUGGUUUUUCUGUGCUGUUAGGAUACAUUGGACUGUUGGCAGUAGCAAGUUUCCUGUUAGCCUUCAUGGCCAGGAAACUUCCAGAUAAUUUUAAUGAAGCAAAGUUCAUCACUUUCAGCAUGCUGAUUUUCUGUGCUGUGUGGAUGACAUUUGUUCCAGCAUAUGUGAGCUCACCAGGGAAAUAUGCAGUGGCUGUGGAGAUUUUUGCCAUACUGGCUUCCAGUUUUGGAUUAUUGGUGGCCAUAUUUGCCCCAAAGUGCUACGUAAUUAUAUUACACCCAGAAAGAAACACUAAAAAAGCCAUCAUGGGAAGAUCAACCCAAAAGAAAUAG